AUGAGAUGUUUUAUCAUUCAAUAUUUCUUCUCCGUCAUCUGUCUGCCGGUUGUGUUCGGCUUAACGCCUCCUAUUCCUUAUCCUCCAUCGGAAGAUGUUAGUGAAGAUAUUUUAGCCGCGCUCGCUGAUCCCGGGCAGUCUGCCACAGGCAUUACCUAUUUUGAGCAAUACAUCGAUCACAACAAUCCAGACUUCGGAGUCUUUAACCAGACCUAUUGGUAUAAUGCCACCUUCUGGAAAGGCCCGGGGUCACCCGUCAUCUUAUUUACCCCUGGCGAGGUCGCUGCUACGGGCUAUGUGUCGUACAUGACUGACCAAGCCCUCACCGGUCUAAUCGCCAAAGAAGUUGGUGGUGCAGUUAUCUUAGUUGAGCAUCGAUACUGGGGCAACAGCACGCCGUACGAAAUCCAAACAACGAAGAACCUUCAGUUCUUGAACUUGGACCAAUCUGUCGCCGACUUUGUUAAUUUUGCCCAAACCGUUAAGCUACCGUUCGACGCAGAUGGCACAUCGAACGCAUCCAAUGCCCCUUGGAUCUGGAGUGGCGGUUCCUACUCGGGUGCCUUAGGUGCCUGGAUCGAAAGUCUUGCACCCGGGACUUUUUGGGCGACGCAUUCCAGUAGUGGUCCCGUUGAGGCGAUUUUCGAUUACUGGCAAUAUUUCUACCCUAUCCAACAAGGCAUGCCCAAAAACUGCUCAGAAGAUUACGCCGCCAUUAUUGAUCAUGUUGACAAGAUCUUUACCAACGGAUCUCAAGAAGAUACUGCCAGCUUAAAGCAGCUAUUCGAGCUCCAAGAUAUCGUACAUCUCGAUGAUGUAGCUGCGGCAAUAUCAUCUCCAAUCUGGGCUUGGCAGAGUAUUCAAUUCACCUCUGGUUAUUCUCAAUUCUACCAGAUGUGUGAUGCCAUUGAGGGGUUUUCCCCAAACUCAACCAUUCCACUUAACAGUAGUAGUCCUCGUGGGGUCGGCCUUGAAAUUGCUUUACCUAACUUUGCUGAGUGGUUCAAAGCUCAUUACCUGCCAGGGUAUUGUGCCUCCUACGGUUAUGAUGAGUGGAAGCAUGACUAUAACACCGCAUGCUUCGACACAUACAAUUCCUCUAGCCCAAUGUUCACGGACCAAACCAAAGCGAAUGGGUUCGGUCGUACUUGGGUAUGGAUGACUUGUAACGACCCCUUUUUCUACUACCAAACCGGCGCACCGGUAAACCGCUCUACUGUAUUCUCACGUCUCGCCAACGCAGACUACUGGCAACGUCAAUGUGGGCUAUUUUUUCCGGACGAGGGAGAGUUCACCUAUGGGAGCGCAUUGGGUAAGACAGCGUCAGACAUCAAUGCCCAUACCAAAGGCUGGCAGUUGCCUGAAUACUUGGACGCCGAGUCCCGGCUCCUAUGGGUGAACGGCGAGUUUGAUCCAUGGAGGUCAGCCUCAGUCGCCAGUGAUUUUAGGCCUAGAGGCCCCUUAGCUUCCACGACAAAUGUUCCCAGUAUUCUAAUCCCCGGUUCGCGUCACUGUAACGACCUCCGUGUCCAAAAUGCGGUAAACCCAGAUAUUAAGAAAACCCAAGCAGACGUUGUGUCUCAAAUUGCAAAGUGGACUAAUGACUUUUACAUGACAAAGAGAGAGCACACCGUUACUACAUCAUAA